ACUUUAGGUUGCCCAAACAAAUGACUUGUUUUUGAGUCUUUUGUCUCCUCCUUCAACCUCAUUUCUCUCUCCCAUUCCUCUUCAUCACCUUCUCCUUCUUCUACACCCUUUUCUUUCUCUUCACUCCAUAGCCGCUCCUCUGUCUCUUUUCAUUCCUACCCAAAAUGUUUUUCUAUUCCACCACAUAGAUAUCAUCUUCUCUUUCUUCCUAUUUAUCUUUUUUUUUUUAUUUGGUUUUCUAUACACAAAUAAUUAAACAAAAGCAACAAACAGUGAUCUUAGACCCAUAAAAUAAAUAUCAAUAUGAUAUUUAUGAAAAAUAUUUUAACUAUAUAGUACUAUUUCUCUAUAGUAAUAAAAAUCAUUUUCCUUGUUUUCUGUUUUUUUUUCUUAUAAUAUAGAUUAACCUUUUUAAUUUAUAUAUCUAUUCUCUCUCUAUUACUUUGAUGGCUGGGUUAGAUUUAGGGAGUGCAAGCUUUAUGCAAAACAUCCACAGGCAAAACUUACACCUUCAACAACAACACCAUCACCAAAACCAGCACGAUUCUGAAGAACAAGAAUCAAAUCGUGCCAGUGUUGGUGGUGGUGCACCGUUCUCAUCGAACGAAGAAGAUGAUCGCAGCCAAGGUUUAGAGCUUGGUUCAGCAGCCGGACCAGGAGAUGUGGUAGGCCGCCGUCCACGCGGCAGACCGCCGGGAUCGAAAAACAAGGCCAAACCACCGGUGAUCAUCACUCGAGAGAGUGCCAACACUCUCAGAGCUCAUAUUCUUGAAGUUGCCGGCGGUUCAGAUGUUUUUGAAUGCGUAUCUACCUAUGCUCGCCGCCGUCAACGUGGGAUCUGUGUUCUCAGCGGCAGUGGCACUGUGACAAAUGUCAGUAUCCGGCAACCAGCGGCGGCUGGUGGUGUUGUUACGCUACAUGGAAGAUUUGAGAUAUUAUCCUUGUCUGGAUCUUUUCUGCCACCACCAGCUCCUCCCGGAGCAACUAGCUUAACGAUUUAUCUUGCUGGAGGACAAGGACAGGUGGUGGGAGGUAGCGUGGUUGGUGAGCUUAUCGCGGCCGGGCCGGUGAUUGUGAUUGCAGCUUCUUUUACUAAUGUUGCUUAUGAGAAAUUGCCGUUGGAAGAGGAGCAGCUUCAGAUGCAGGCUGAGGCUGGAGGAGGUUCUCAAGGCUCCGGUGGUGGCGGUGGCGGCAAUAAUAAUAACAAUCCAUUUCCUGAUCCAUCUUCUGGUUUACCGUUUUUCAAUUUGCCAUUGAAUAUGCAGAAUGUUCAUCAGCUACCUGUUGAUGGUUGGGCGGGAAACAACAACAACUCAGCUUCACGUCAACCUUUUUGAGGAUUUAGAAUUAAUCAAAUUGAAUGAGUGAGUCUUGUUUUGAACAUGUUUUGUUGAGGAUGAUGAUGUUGGAAUGGAGUUUGAAGUGAUUAUUUUUAAGGUCAGUGUUAAUCUAUGGAUGAUGAUUUAGUAGUGGUUUCAAUCAUGUUAUGUACUUCUUUUAGUACUUAUAAUUUAGUUUUGUCAAAAAAAAAAGUACUUAUGAUUUAGUGUCUCAUUGGUUUUUAAAUUGGAUAUUUGGGAUUUUAUUA